AUGUCCUCUCUUGAUCCCGAUACUUUUCCCACACCUUCAUCAUCGUCACGGCCAAAAGGAACGCCUUCGAUUACGCCUAGGAGAUUUAAUCGAUUCUGGCAACCCAGGCAGGUCCAGACUCAGCCGUUGCCAAAGUUUAGGACUGCUCUUGGCAGCUUGGAUGAGGCCGACACUAACCAGCAACCCAUCUCACCUCAAUCACUUUUCAGUGACAAUAUCCUGCCAUCAUCUCCCACGGAAAGGUUUCAAGAUGACUCGCGGAAGAGGAAGCUCCAGCCCGAGGCUUCAGAGACGGAGGGUGAUUUCAAGAGGCCAGCUUUGAACCUGGAUGACAUGCCACCACUUCGAUUGACUCGCUCAAGCUCUUCGAACUUGAACAACAAUAAUGGCUUAAAGGCGUCGGAUAGUUUCAGCAGUCAAGCUAGUCUGGAGAGCCUUGAUAGCUGUAGAAAAGCUACUCUGAGCAGCUUCUUCAAGACCAGCCGAGGAGUUGCUAAAACCCCUAAGAAGGGAAAUGGCGUCAAAACUGCUGAUAUUGCUCCUGAAGAGCCUCAGCCCGAUGAGGAGCUAGUCAACUACGCACCCAGACCCAUCAGGAAAUUCGCCAACCGAGGCUUCGGCUCUCAAUUGCUAAAUCGUGAACACGGACUCGGAUAUUCAAGCGGCCAACCACUUCUUCACACGCUGGCAUCCGAUCCCCGAACCGAAACAGCACGGUUUCACAGCCGUUGCAUCGAUUCGUACGAGUGUCUCGCUCCUAGCGGCAGUCGCUCCAUCCCCUUCUGUCUUGCAAGCGCUCACAAUGCUCCCGUGACGGCCGUCGGUGAUGAAGAAGGUUGCGUUAGGUUCUUCGACACUUCUGCAAACGAUGAUCCAAACGAGGAAAAAGAUCUGGGCGUCCAUACCGUCCACGACAAUGCCAUCUGGGACAUGGACUUUUCCAAUGACGACAUGCGUCUUGCAGCCACGACUGGCGAUGCAGCUUUGGUAAUGGAUGUGACGACCAAGACCGUGGCAGCCAGGCUGUCUGAUGGGCAUUACAGUUCAACUCGACAAAUUGCCUGGCAGCAGGGCCAGUCCAUCGGCAAUGUGUUAACCACCUCGGACAAGGCUGGUCGUAUCCGUUUGUGGGAUUUGCGAUGUCCAUACUCUAAUCUCAGAAGCUUUUCGACGGUGGGUUGUAGUGAGACAGGUCGUCGAACUGUCACUAUGCGAGAUGAGACUCUCACGCCGUUACAAGCAUCUACCGUGAACACUCUUGACAACACCCAUGAACGUACUGCUCACGGCAAGACUUCUGUUGCUUCCGUCACUGCUAUCCAAUGGCUUCCCGCCGGUCGUGAACAUUUACUACUAUCCGCCUCCGAAGCAGAGGCUGUUGUUAAGCUAUGGGACAUGCGAUACAUCAACCGUCGGCAUCAGGAGAAGAGCAUUCCCCUGUCCUCCACAGCCGUACCUUCCAACCACGCCUGGCGCUCAUACGGAAUCACCUCUCUGGCCCUCAGUAGUGACGCCGCUCGUAUGUACGCAGUAUGCAAGGACAACACCAUCUACGCUUACUCCAUGGCCCACCUCAUGCUCGGUCACGCUCCUGAACUCAAAGACCUCGCUACCAAGCGAAGACCUAUUGCUUCCCAAGGUCUAGGUCCCCUAUAUGGUUUCAAGCACGAUUCCUUCGCCGCGAGAACGUUCUUUGUCAAGUGCAGCAUGCGGCAUAAGAGCCUGUCUCAUUCAUCCGACCUCCUCGCCGUUGGCAGCUCCGAGUCUUCAGUGGUACUCUUCCCUACAGAUGAGCGCUACCUCCGUUCAGCCUGCGCCCAGCGUGCUCACCUCUUGGAUCCCCCCGGAUCCGCCGCCCCUACACCCUCGCGUUCAUUUUCAUCCGCCGCCGGCGCUGAGCCCAGCUCGUCCACUAUCCCAAUCUUCCGCAACGGUACGCCCCUCAUUCAUGGCCACACCCGCGAAGUUUCAAAUGUCAGCUGGAGUUACGACGGUAAGCUAGUCAGCGCGUCGGACGAUUCCGUAGUCCGCCAGUGGCAAGAAGACGAAGGCCGGGCACGGUAUUUCAGACAGGUUGGCGACUUUGGCGGCGAACGAUACUUUGCAGGCUGGGCAGACGUGGGAGACGACUGGGACGUUGAAGAUGAUGAGUAA